ACAUCUUCGCAAACAUGGUGAUCCCACAAAAUCUCUUUGUGAUUACUUUGAAAAACAAAUAAAAGACCUUUCCCAAAUCAUAAAUAAACUAUGCUCACAAAAAAUAAUCAUUUAUAAAGAAAGUCAACAUAAUUUUAAGAUUAUGUUGAUAGAAAGCGAUCUUGAACUUAAGAUCAGAAUUUUAGAUGAUAGUGAAA